AUGCCUCCCAAGGGCUUCGCCGGACUCUGGCUGCUGCUUCUGCUGAAGGCUGCACCUGUGGCAUGUGUGGGUCAAGCAGGAGGUGCGACCCCAAAGCACCUCCUUCCCUCUCUGCACUCGGAAUUGCUGGACUUGACAGACAACAGCGAAUAUGAUAUUGUGACAGCAUAUGAAGUCGACCAAAAGGGGGAUUAUGUAAGUCAUGCAGUUGCACAUCAUGAAAGGAGAAAGAGGUCAACAUCAGAAGGAAAGAAGGACUCACUGCACCUCCGCUUCCAUGGGUUUGGCCAUGACUUCCAUCUUGACCUAAAGACUUCUGAUUUUCUUGUGGCUCCUGGAUUUACAAUACAGACACUGGGCAAGGGAAGAACCAGCUCAAUACAUACAUACCCAGAAGAAGACUUUUGCUUUUAUCAAGGAGUCUUGCGAUUGCACAAAAACUCAUCAGUAGCACUUUCAACAUGUGGAGGUUUGUCAGGUUUGAUAAGGACGCAGGAAGCUGAUUACUUACUGAAACCACUACCUUCAAAUCUUGCACUUAAACAUAACUACUCUGCACCUCAUGGUCGCCACUCUCACGUACUGUAUAAGAGAUCUACUGAGCCUCUGGCACUCAAUAAUGAGGUAACUGUGAAUGACGAGAGACAAAGGGAAAUGGAUGCUCACCAUAAUGUUUUCCAAGAAACUCAACAACAGCAUCGCAAUUCCGAGCGGCAGCACAAACAGCACUUUUGUGGGAGGCGCAAGAAAUAUAUGCCCCAGCCUCCAGCUGGAGACACCUAUAUCUUACCAGAUGAAUAUACAUAUCUGCUGCGAAACAAGCGAUCUCUUCUGAAAGCCUACAAGACCAAAGAGCUUAAUGUUGAGACCUUGGUGGUGGUGGACAAAAAAAUGAUGCAAAACCAUGGUCAUGACAACAUUACUACUUAUGUCUUAACUAUACUCAAUAUGGUUUCUGCUUUGUUUAGAGAUGGAACGAUUGGAGGCAAUAUUAACAUUGCAGUUGUUGGCUUGAUACUUUUGGAAGAAGACCAGCCAGGGCUCAUGAUCAAUCACCAUGCUGACCACACAUUGAGCAGUUUUUGCCAAUGGCAAUCUGGGUUGAUGGGAAAAGAUGGAAGCCGCCAUGACCAUGCCAUUCUAUUGACAGGCCUUGAUAUCUGUUCCUGGAAAAAUGAGCCAUGUGAUACCUUGGGUUUUGCCCCAAUCAGUGGAAUGUGCAGUAAAUAUCGCAGCUGCACUGUUAAUGAAGAUACUGGGCUUGGACUGGCUUUUACUAUUGCUCAUGAAUCUGGACAUAACUUUGGUAUGAUCCAUGAUGGAGAAGGAAAUAUUUGCAAAAAAUCUGAAGGCAAUAUCAUGUCUCCCACACUGGCAGGACACAAUGGAGUAUUUUCCUGGUCGUCUUGUAGUCGUCAAUAUCUCUACAAAUUUCUAAGUUCUGCUCAGUCCUUAUGUCUUGCUGAUCAACCUAAGCCUGUGGAAGAGUACAAGUAUCCAGAGAAGCUUCCAGGAGAACUGUAUGAUGCAGCUACUCAGUGCAAGUGGCAAUUUGGAGAAAAAGCCAAGCUGUGUAUGAUGGACUUUAAAAAGGAUAUUUGCAAAGCAUUAUGGUGCCAUCGAAUUGGAAGAAAAUGUGAAACCAAAUUUAUGCCAGCAGCAGAAGGGACAAUGUGUGGUUAUGACAUGUGGUGUCGUGGAGGCCAAUGUGUGAAAUAUGGUGACGAAGGACCCAAGCCCACCCAUGGUCAUUGGUCAGAGUGGUCCACGUGGUCAUCAUGUUCCAGAAGCUGUGGAGGAGGCAUUUCACAUCGUGAACGAAACUGUACUAAUCCAAGGCCAUCCCAUGGAGGGAAGUUCUGUGAGGGUUCUCCUCGGAUGCUGAAACUCUGCAACAACCAGAAAUGCCCAAAGAACAGCAUUGGUUUCAGAGCUGCCCAGUGUGCGGAGUUCAACAGCAAACGAUUCAGAGGAUGGAAUUACAAGUGGAAACCAUACACUCAAGUGGAAGAUCAAGAUUUAUGCAAGCUCUACUGUAUUGCCGAAGGAUUUGAUUUCUUCUUUUCCCUGUCCAACAAAGUGAAAGAUGGGACCCCAUGUUCAGAAGAUGGCCCCAAUGUUUGUGUAGAUGGGAUUUGUGAGGUAGUUGGCUGUGAUCAGGUAUUAGGUUCCAGUGCUGUAGAAGAUGCGUGUGGAGUGUGCAAAGGAGACAAUACAACUUGUAGAAUCUAUAAGGGACAGUUCACUAAACACCACCUUACAAAUCAGUACUACUCAUUAGUCACCAUCCCUGCAGGAGCACGAAGGAUUCGUGUAUAUGAAAUGAACAUCUCCCAUUCCUAUCUUGCUGUUCGUGGUUCUAAUAAAAAAUAUCAUCUCAAUGGAUACUGGACUGUCGACUGGCCAGGGAGAUACAGUUUUGCUGGAACAAUAUUUGACUAUCGAAGACCGCAUAAUGAACCAGAGACACUAAGUGCUUCUGGACCAACAAAUGAAAGCCUUGUAAUUGAGCUUCUUUCCCAAGGUAAAAACCUAGGAAUUGCUUGGGAAUAUUCCCUUCCAAAGGCAGAACAUGAAAGAAUGACAGCCUUGAAACAUAACUAUACAUGGACCACAAUCCAUUCCAAAUGCUCAGUCUCAUGUGGAGUAGGUCAAAUGGUCAGGAGAGGAAGCUGUUACAAAGACCUGCAAACAGAAGUAGAUGCUUCUUUUUGCAACUCCAAGAAUCAACCAACUACUGGAAUUAUGCCUUGCAAAAUGCCAGCUUGUCCUCCCAGCUGGUCUAUUGGCAACUGGAGUGAAUGUAGCUUGACUUGUGGAGCAGGGGAAAGGUUUCGAUAUGUUCGCUGCAUGCAGAAAAUUCAACACAAGCCAGAAUGGGUAUCAGAUUCCCUUUGUCGACUCCCUGCCCCAGUCAAGAGGGAGCUUUGCAACACCCAAGGCUGUCCACCUGCUUGGAGCACAGGUCCCUGGUCAGAGUGCUCUCGGACAUGUGGCAAAGGCUGGAGAAAAAGAGUGGUUGUGUGCAAAAGCUCCAGCCUGUCUCACUGGGCUCCGCUUUUGCCUGAUGCUGCCUGUGUAGCAGAACUUAGACCAAAAAUGCAAGAAACCUGCCUCCUGAAGCGUUGCCAUAAACACAAGAAGCUACAGUGGUUUGUAUCUGCAUGGACUGAGUGCUCUGUUACAUGUGGAAAGGGUAUGCAGAGGAGAACCCUGAACUGUGCAGAAAAGUAUGUUUCUGGGAAGUAUAGAGAACUUGCUCCUCGAAAAUGUUCUCACCUACAAAAACCAAACGUAGAGCUGGAAAAAGUGUGCCUCUUAAAUCCAUGUCCCAGGCACCCUGCAUAUUCACAUGUAAAUCAGGGCAGCUGGUUUUCAUCUGCUUGGUCUCAGUGUUCAACAACCUGUGGAGGUGGCAUGCAAGUGCGGUCUGUUCAGUGCCUCGCAAAUGGGAGAUCUGCUACUGGAUGUCUCAUGCAUCAGAAGCCAGUUGCCACCCAAGCUUGUAACACCAAUUUUUGUGCCCCUCCUGAAAAACAAGAUGCCUUCUGUAAGGAUUACUUUAACUGGUGUCACUUGGUCCCCCAGCAUGGUGUUUGCAAUCAUAGUUUCUAUGGGAAACAGUGCUGCAGGUCUUGCAUCAAUUCAAAUUUGUAAGAACUCGUCUAAAAUAUGAAGAGUACAAAAUGAGCUGUGACUCCUAACUUGGGGCUGUGCCCGAACACAGGGGUCAAGAAUAACUGCCGUUUCCUUUGAAACUUAAUUCUUCAUUAAUCAAUGAGCUCAGAUACAAAAGUGUAGUCAAAAACUGCUCAGAUAGGUGUGGUGCCUCAAACAUCCUUUUCAGUAUUCUGAUGUGACCCACUGAGCUGUUUUCAGGUGGGAAUCCUAUCCUUCGGAUGUGCGGAUAGAAAUGGCUCUCAAGGAACAAGCACAUUCUCCCCCUCUACUAUUGCAAGGGGAAGCUGAUACUUGGAGAUGCUGUUGAAGAGCUGCCUGGAAGAGGAACAUCUGAAAAACAUAGCAAAGCUAUUAGUUGAGCAUGAGAGAGGACAUUGUUUCUUUGUUUACCUCAGUUUCCAUUGUUAAAUAACCAUUCUGGGCAUCUUCUACUGGGAUAUUCUCUGGUGUGAAACACCUUGAAACUGCUGGGAACACUGCAAGAGGAUCAAU